UGAAAUGUUUGAAACUUCCGUCUAGUUUUACGGUAGUCUUGGGUAACUAUUGUGCAAAAUUUCAUUAAAAGCGGGUCUAAUGUGAUGAAUUAAAGGUUUGACGUGGUUGGAUAUAUCAUCCGUAAAAACUGGAUUUAGAACUUUUUAAUUUUCAGAUAUGAAAGGGACUCGGUUCAACCUACCCACGAUUUCACUAUGUCCAUUUAAGUAUGGAACACCCUGUAUAGCUGGUAUGUGAUAACCUGCAGAAUCAAGUGUUUAUAUAUACUAAACUAUGCCAAAAAUGCAACAAUUUUUUAUGGAUAUUUCUGUACAGGCCAUAGAGGGUUCAUACAUUGACAAGAAAUGCCCUUUCACUGGCAACGUUUCAAUCAGAGGUCGUAUCCUAACCGGCGUUGUACAGAAGAUGAAGAUGCAACGUACCAUCGUCAUCCGACGCGACUACUUGCAUUAUAUCAGGAAAUAUAAUCGGUUUGAGAAGAGACAUAGGAAUAUGUCAGUACAUUUAUCACCUUGCUUCAGGGAUGUUGAAAUUGGAGAUGUUGUGACCAUUGGAGAAUGCAGGCCAUUAUCAAAGACAGUGAGGUUCAACGUCUUAAAGGUCACCAAGGGAAGUAGUUCAAAGAAGAGUUUCAAGAAGUUUUAAGUAUGUCUAUAAAAAUAAAAUUUUUCUAAGUUGAUACAAUGUUUCUUUGAAUCACUCCUCAACCAAUAGCUACAGAUAAAACCCUGGUAUUUUGAACAG